CCUGGGAGGGACCAGAACAAUCUGCUGCCUAAUCAAACGGAGCUCAAACAGCACUCACACAGCUUGGUCCUGAAUGUCUCUCUCACUCUCUAUCUAUCUGUCUGUCUGUCUGUCUGUGACUCCCAAGAACUUCAUUCACUUGCUGCACCUUUACCAGCAAGCCAUCCUGACUGCCACAAGUCACACAGUGGUGCCGGAUCAGAGAUCAGCCAGCAAUGGCUCCGUGGAGCAAAACUGUCAAAGAGAGAUAUGGAGUGGCAAUCUGUAAUUUUAAGAGCAAUGCCGUGCCACAGAUUUCCCUUCAGAUUGGUGAUGUGGUUCAUAUACAGGAGUCCUGUGAAGACUGGUACAAAGGAUAUCUUGUAAAACAGAGGACACUUGAGGGCAUCUUUCCUAAAUCCUUCAUCCAUAUCAAAGAUGUUACAAUUCAGAAGAAAAGACACACAGUGAACAUUGUACCUGCUGAAAUUCCACUGGUGCGAGAAGUCACAACUACGUUACGGGAAUGGGGCAACAUAUGGAAACAACUUUAUACAUCAGGCAAAACAGAAAAGUUCAAGCAAGUCCAGUCCAUGAUGUUUGACCUGAUGGAAUGGCGAUCCCAACUCCUGUCUGGUACCUUGCCAAAAGAUGAGUUAAAAGAGCUGAAACAGAAGGUCACAUCAAAAAUCGAUUAUGGCAACAAAAUUCUUGAACUUGAUCUCAUUGUAAGAGAUGAUGAUGGAAACAUUUUAGAUCCGGACAAAACUAGCGUGAUCAGUUUGUUUCAUGCACACAAUGAAGCCACGGAGAAAAUAACCGAGCGUAUAAAGGAAGAAAUGGCUCAGAAUGAGUUCACCCUAUAUGGCCGGGUCACCUCCUCUCCCACCCACAGCCUCUAUGUUUUUGUGCGGAAUUUUGUGUGCAGAAUAGGGGAAGAUGCCGAACUCUUUAUGUCUUUAUAUGAUCCCCUCAAACAAACUAUUAUAAGUGAAAAUUAUUUGGUGAGGUGGGGAAGCAAAGGUUUUCCAAAAGAGAUAGACAUGCUGAACAAUCUGAAGGUUGUUUUCACGGAUCUUGGAAACAAGGACCUUAAUAGAGAGAAAAUCUACCUAGUGUGCCAGAUAGUUCGGAUUGGAAGAAUGGACCUGAAAGACAGCAACCUGAAAAAGUACACUCAAGGUUUAAGAAGACCCUUUGGUGUUGCAGUAAUGGACAUCACUGAUGUUAUUAAAGGAAAAAUAGAAAGUGAUGAAGAAAAGCAGCACUUUAUACCAUUUCAUCCUGUUGUUGCUGAAAACGACUUUUUACAUAAUCUGUUGACUAAGGUCACGUCAUCAAAAGGAGACAGUGGUGGGCAAGGUUUGUGGGUGACCGUAAAAAUGCUUGUGGGGGAUUCUGUACAAAUUCGUAAGGAUUAUCCACAUCUUGUGGACAGAACAACGGUGGUUGCUAGGAAGCUGGGAUUUCCUGAGAUAAUCAUGCCAGGUGAUGUCAGAAAUGAUAUUUAUGUUACGAUUCUACAAGGAGAUUUUGACCGAGCUACACAAAGAAAUGUAGAAGUCAUUAUGUGUGUUUGUGACGAAGAAGGUAAAAUAAUUCCGAAUGCAAUUUGCUUGGGAGCGGGAGACAAACCCGUGAGUGAAUAUAGAUCGGUUCUGUAUUAUCAAAUCAAACAGCCGCGCUGGAUGGAAACCAUAAAGGUGGCAGUUCCAAUUGAAGAAAUGCAGAGAAUACAUCUUCGGUUCAUGUUUAGACACAGAUCUUCCCAGGAAUCAAAAGACAAAGGAGAAAGAAACUUUGCCAUGGCUUUUGUGCGGCUUAUGAAGGAGGAUGGAACAACAUUACAUGAUGGCUGUCAUGAUUUAGUGGUAUUAAAGGGGGAUAGUAAGAAAAUGGAAGAUGGCAGUACCUAUCUACAUUUUCCUUUUACCCGUCAACAAAUGGACAAUAAAGGAUCCACAUUCAGCAGAAACAGCAGCAGUUCUGGAGGCCUGUCCAUGAGCUCACGAGAUUCCUUCUCCAUUUCAACCCUUGUCUGUUCAACUAAAUUAACUCAGAAUGUUGGCUUGCUUGGACUCCUGAAGUGGCGCACAAAACCAGAAAAUUUGCAGGAAAAUCUAGAAAAGCUGAAGAUUGUGGAUGGGGAAGAAGUUGUGAAAUUCUUGCAAGACACCCUUGAUGCCUUGUUUAACAUUAUGAUGGAAAAUUCCCAGACAGAAAAGUACGAUAUCCUUGUCUUUGAUGCACUGAUAUACAUAAUUGGACUCAUCGCUGACAGGAAGUUUCAACAUUUCAACACUGUGUUAGAGGCUUAUAUAAAGCAGCAUUUCAGUGCAACGCUUGCCUACAAAAAGCUAAUGUGCGUUUUGAAGAAAUAUUUGGAUAUUUCCAGCCGAGGGGAACAGUGUGAGCCGAUUUUAAGGACGCUGAAAGCACUGGAAUAUGUUUUCAAGUUCAUUGUGCGGUCGAGGACGUUGUUUUCACAGCUGUAUGAAUGCAAGGAGCAGAAUGAAUUUGAGGAGUCAAUGAGGAACCUUUUUGAAUCUAUUAAUAACCUAAUGGAGAGUGAGCACAAAACUACAAUUUUACUACAGGUGGCUGCUCUGAAAUAUCUGCCAUCAGUCCUUCAUGAUGUGGAGACAGUUUUUGAUGCCAGGCUACUUAGCCAACUUUUAUAUGAGUUUUACACAUGCAUUCCUCCUGUGAAACUGCAGCAGCAAAAAGUGCAGUCAAUGAUUGAGAUUGUCCGGAGCAACCUUUUUAAGAAACAAGAAUGCCGUGACAUUUUGCUUCCAAUGAUCACCAAAGAAUUGAAAGAAUGGCUAGAGCAAGGGAGACAAGAUGCAUCUCAUGGAAAAGAGAAGAAAUUCUGUGUGGAUUUACUAAACAACAUUCUUGAGGUGCUCAGCUGUCAAGAUGAAGCUUCAACUUACUAUCACAUUCAGGAAAUCACCAUACAGCUUUUGCGAACGGUUAUCAGAACGGUCAUAAUGCUGGGACGGGAGCAGGAUUUAACGAGUCAUUUUGUGGCAUGUAUGACAGCUAUUUUGAACCAAAUGACUAAUCUGCACUACACAGUUUACAUUGAAACAUUCAAGUCAAAUUGUGACCUUGUGGACUUCUUGAUGGAGACAUUCAUAAUGUUCAAGGAUCUAAUUGGAAAGAAUGUUUAUCCAUCUGACUGGAUUACCAUGAGCAUGGUGCAGAACAGCGUCUUCUUGAGAGCCAUCCACAAGUUUGCUGAGACCAUGAAUCAGAAAUUUCUUGAAAAUAUGAAUUUUGAAGUACAGCUUUGGAACAAUUAUUUUCACCUGGCAGUUGCUUUUAUUACCCAAGAUUCUCUGCAGCUUGAAAACUUCUCUCAUGAUAAACGCAAUGAAAUUCUGGAUAAAUAUGGAGAUAUGCGAUGUUUAAUCGGGUUUGCCAUUCGUGACAUGUGGUACAAACUAGGUCACAACAAAAUCUGCUUUAUUCCUGGAAUGGUAGGGCCAAUUCUAGAGAUGACACUUAUCCCUGAAGUUGAAUUACGGAAAGCCACCAUUCCUAUUUUCUUCGAUAUGAUGCUGUGUGAAUAUACCCACAGCGGAGACUUCAGAAAGUUUGAAAAUGAAAUCAUAUUGAAGUUGGACCACGAAGUUGAAGGAGGACGGGGCGACUGGCAAUAUAUGCAACUAUUUGAAACAAUAUUACUUGAGUAUUCCAGCAACCAUGCUUACAUUUCCAAGGCAAUCGAGAGCUUCGUGAUUCUAAUAAAAGGUCUCUUGGAGAGGUUAUUGGAUUACCGUGCAGUAGUAACUGAUGAAAGCAAAGACAACAGAAUGAGUUGCACAGUCAACUUACUGAACUUUUACAAAGAUAUCAAUCGUGAAGCAAUGUACAUUAGAUACUUGUAUAAACUGAGAGAUCUCCAUUUAGAUUGUGAGAAUUACACUGAAGCUGCUUACACUCUUCUCCUUCACACAAGGCUCCUGAAGUGGUCUGAUGAGCAGUGUUCGCCUCAGGUCAUGCAGACUGAAUUCCAGAGUUCACAGACACACCGCCAUCUUAAGGAAACAUUAUUUGGAGUCAUUAUUGGCUACUUUGACAAAGGAAAGAUGUGGGAAGAAGCAAUUGCACUGUGCAAACAACUGGCUGACCAGUAUGAAAUGGAAAUCUUUGAUUAUGAGCUUCUAAGUCAGUGCCUGACUCAACAGGCAAAAUUCUAUGAAAAUAUUAUGAAAAUUCUAAGGCCAAAGCCAGACUAUUUUGCAGUUGGAUACUAUGGCCAAGGCUUUCCAACGUUUCUCCGUAAUAAGGUGUUUAUCUACCGCGGCAAAGAAUAUGAGCGAAGAGAGGAUUUUCUGGCUCAGCUCAUGGCCCAGUUCCCAUUUUCAGAGAAGCUGAAUACUACCUCAUCUCCUGGAGAAGAUGUUACCAAUUCCCACGGGCAAUACAUACAGUGUUUUACAGUACAGCCUGUGCUGGAGGAGCAAACCCGCUUUAAAAAUAAACCAGUUCCUGACCAGAUUUUGAACUUUUACAAGUCAAAUUAUGUGCAAAGAUUCCACUAUUCCAAGCCUGUAAGGAAGGGGUCAAUUGAUCCUGAAAAUGAAUUUGCAUCAAUGUGGAUUGAGAGGACGACCUUCUUCACAGCCUACAGAUUACCAGGAAUAUUGCGCUGGUUUGAAGUUACAUCUAUGUCACAUGCAACCAUCAGCCCACUGGAGAAUGCUAUUGAAACAAUGUCGGCGACCAAUGAAAAAAUACUGAUGCUCAUCAAUCAGUACCAAAGUGAUGAAAAUCUGCCCAUCAACCCACUAUCAAUGUGCCUGAAUGGGAUCGUUGACCCUGCUGUCAUGGGAGGAUUUGCAAAAUAUGAAAAGGCCUUCUUCACAGAUGAAUAUAUUCAAGAGCACCCAGAAGACAAUGAAAAGCUGAACAGACUAAAGGAUCUUAUUGCUUGGCAGACACCUUUGCUUGGGGCUGGUAUACGAAUCCAUGAAAAACGAGUUACUGAUGACCUGCGGCCUUUUCAUGAUCGAAUGGAAGAGUGCUUUAAGAGCUUGAAAAUCAAAGUUGAGAAGCAGUAUGGAUUAAGAGAGCUGCCAGAUUUUGAUGAUGGAAGAGUUGGAAGACCAAGAUCCAUGCUGAGGUCUUAUAGACAAAUGUCCAUCAUUUCUAUGUCUUCUGUGGGUUCUGAUUGCUGCACACCUGUUAAGCCAGCAAAUGAAAGCUUUGAUCUUGAUGUGCCAACGCCCAAGGCCAAACAUCAAGAAACAGAAGCACAUUCAUUGCAAGGAACUGCUGAGCCGGAGGUUAAAUUAAGGAGAUCACGGAAAAAAAAUAAAAGAAGCAGUGUUGUGUUUACAGAGGAGAUAUCAGGUCCUGAAUCUUCCCUGUCAGAGUCCAAACGUUUAUCAAGAAAACAUGAAUUUAUGAGUGACACCAACCUAUCAGAACAUGGGGGAAAUCAACAAGCUCCUUCUGUCCUUAAGCAAAUGAGCUUCGCAAGCCGUUCCAUGCCCACCAUACCAGCCUUAACAUUGUCAGUUGCUAAUGGUCCAUCCUCAGAAGAGCAGAGUCCGUCUCAGAGGAUGAGUCAACAAAACUUGUUUUCAGGUGGAGAGGGAGAUAAGAGAACACUGAAGAAAAACAAAGUGAAUCAGUUCUUCAAAACAAUGCGGACAUACAAGCAAGGCGACGAUGGAAAACCUCCUUCUGACCAACACUCGGAGAAGCUAUCAAUAGACCUGUGAUGUUUGUUUUACAGGAUAUAAUUGAUUCAUAAUACACACAGCUGUGAGCCUUAAGAAAAUGAUCCUUAAGAACUGCCAAAUCUUUAAUAUUUCCCAAUAUUUCCCAUUAACUGUGCCUUAAAAAUGUAUGUUUUUCUAUUGUUGCUGCUUCCUGUUCUGCUUUGAUCUUUCUUGAAGACCUAGGCUUACAUAGCAUAUUUUCUACUGAUUUUAUAUUUAGCUUGGCUCAUACAAAAUUGUAAUAUUAGAAAUCUGUGUUUUUUUACUUGCUAUAUGCCUUGCUGGGCUUAUGUUAACCAAUCCCAUUAGAGAUGGGCGAAUUUUUUCGCAGCGAAAAUGACGCCAAUAGACUUGUAUGGCGGCAUACGUCAAAAAAAAUGCCCAUAGACUUUAAUGGGCGACUGCGACAUUUCGCUGGCGGCGAAUUUUUGACGAAGCAAAACGGGUCAAAUUCGCCCAACCCUAAACCCCAUUAAACUAGGCAAGAUUUGUUUAUGGAACCUUUGUGACGCAUACAGCAGAUAAACCUCCAGUGUAUCCAAACAAUGCCUUAAAUAUAAUCGAAAACAGGUUUUAAAAUCAUACACUAAAAGGCAUAUUUAUUGAAAUUCAAAUGACACAAAAAGUCUCACAUGUUAUUCCCUGUAAUAACAUUUAAAUAAAUGAAAAUUCUCAAAUGGGUUAAUCUUAAUCCAGGACCAAACAUAAUCGCUUAUUUGAUUAAAAGAAAAAUAGCCUUUUUUUUGAAUACUGAAAAACACAUCCCAUUGAUCACUAGCAAGUGGCCAGGUUUUAGGAGGAGAUAUUUUUUUUUUAAUAUAAAUUUUUGAUACAUCUCGAAAAUGUUGAGGCCAAAGUAUGCAAUCACCAUUUUUUGCUGCAACUUUUUUAAAAAAAAAAUCUUGAUUUUUUUGUCUCAGCUUUCUUGAAUUGCGGAAAAAGUAAAAUUUUUAAAUAAAUCUAACCCCCCUAAAUAAUUGAUGCAAUUUUACUUAGAGUGCCUCUCUGUGCAAUUUUAAAUAGACAUUCUAUUGAAUUUUGGACCCUGUUCUUGUGGAACAGGUUUACUUAGAAGAGAACAUGGCAACUGCCCAACAAGUAGAGAGGAAAAAGGAUAGACAGGCAGAUACCAGAGAGAGCAAUUUCCAGCAGAACAAGAUGACACGUAACAAUUCUACAUGUAAUAGCGCCAUCUAGAGAUCUCCCAAGAACAAUCAAUACAUACCACAAUCAUUUUAUUUUUUUAGUAGUACAGGUAUGGGGCCUGUUAUCCAGAAUGCUCAUGACCAGGGGUUUUCCAUAAAAUGGAUCUUUCUGUAAUUUGG